AUGAAGACAUCCAUUAUUCUUCCUGUUCUUCUCAACCUGGCUAUGGCCAAUGCAGCCCGCAAGCUUGCCGACUGGGAGCAGACACCUGAAACGAUUUUGAAAGAUAAUGCGGAACUCGAUAUCGCCUGUCAAGUCAAGGGCGAUAUCCUCGAGUGUCACACCGACGAGGCCUCCAAUCCCCGUCAACAAAACCUUCUACCUCUUUGCAAGCAGAUUGGCGGUUGUGGGUGCGCAAACCUGCUCGCCAGCAGAUGGGGUGACAAUAAGUUCGCGUUCGACUUCAUCUGCCGAUCUUUGCAGAAGGAGCUUGAUGUUUAA